AUGGCUAAACAAAUAGCAGAAGUUGAAGUCCAUGCCUCUGAGGCCGAAGAUAUGUUACAAGAUGACAAUCUUGAUGUCAGUGUGGAUCUUAUUGAUGAUAACCUAUACUUAGGUAAUUUAGCAUGUGCUCGUGAUGAGAAGUCCUUACAAAAGUUGAAAAUAACCCAUGUUUUGACUAUAGAUUUAGUACCAUUGCCAAGGACUAUAUUGGAUCGUGGCAACCUAACAUUUAAGUUUAUAAAAUUGGCUGAUGUACCAAAAGAAGAUCUAAUCAGCCAUCUGCCAGACAGCAAUGAGUUUAUCAAAGAAGCCAUAGCCAGUGGUGGCACUGUCUUGGUCCAUUGCUAUUUUGGCGUAUCUCGGUCAGCUGCAGUUGUUAUUGCUUAUAUAAUGGAAAAAUAUGGCUUAUGCUAUGAGGAUGCGUUCACCCUGGUGAAGAACAAACGACGGUUCAUAGGUCCUAACCUGGGUUUCGUGGCGCAGUUAAAACUAUUCGGCCAUAUGGGAUACCAAAUAAACAGAGACGACCCGAGAUUCAAGCAGUUUAGGCUGAAAAUGGCUGGACAGAAGUUGAAGCAAGUUAAAAUCAUUCCCCAACUUUUCGCUGAUCUUAUAAAACCUGACCCUGGACUAGUCAGAGAGAGACCAGACCCAAUAGUAUACCGUUGCAAGAAAUGCCGUCGGAUUGUCGCAAGCCAAAGCAACAUUAUACCACAUUUACCGAAGCAAGUCAAAGUGGAAUUGGCCAAAAAGGGUAUACGACCACCACCAAGUAAACUCACCGGAUUAAACUGCACUGAAAAUGGUCAGCUGCUGAUAGAGAAACUUAAGAAUCUAGCGUGUCAGAUCAUGGAUCAAACGGAUAAGAUAGAAUGUGAAGAGUCCAGUGAUUCAAACAAUUCUGCCCAGAUAAACAGUAUGCAGGAUGGUGAUGAAGGUACCAGUCAGGUACUAGAUGGCUACAGCGAAGGCAACAUGGUGGAUGCAAGCAUAGUUGCGCGUGUCGAUGAGCAAUGCUGCCGGCUUGUGUGGUUCGUGGAGCCCAUGAGCUGGAUGAAAGGUGUCACAAAUGAACCGCAUGGGAAGCUGCACUGUCCCAAAUGUCAGAACAAGAUUGGUAGCUUUAGCUGGAUUAUGGGUUGCAAGUGUCCAUGUGGACAGAAAGUGGCGCCGGCGUUUUAUUUGGUGCCGUCGAAAGUGGAGUGGUCCAAUAUCGUGCAAAAUGUACAAAUCACAGUUUGA